UAAUCCAAUUGGCCAAGUCCCAGUACAGUGCAGAUGAGAAAAGGAUGCAGGAAAUUCUGUUGUUUACACAUGUGUCUGCUACACUGAGAAGCAAGAGGAGCCCAGCAAACUCAGAAGGACUGAAAUUAGAUGAUGAAUCAAAAUAUUAAUUUAGACUCCAUUCAGAAGCAAAUGGAAGAGAUAGAGGUUUUUGGGAACCAAACAACACAACCUGAUAAAUUAGAUAGAUGUUGGCAACCAGGUGACCAUCUGUUUCAUUCAAAUAUUCCAUCUCAAAGUUUCUACCCAAAUUCACCUCAUUAUGCACAUAUGCAUACAAGUUUCAGCAGUGAUUGGGAAAUUUUUGAAGCAGUAAAAAUUCAGGAACUGGAGGAAGUCAAAGCCAGAGCUGCCCAAAUGGAGAAGACCAUGCGCUGGUGGUCAGAUUGCACUGCUAACUGGAGGGAGAAAUGGAGCAAAGUUAGAGGAGAAAGAAAUAAAGCACGAGAGGAAGCAAGACAAUUGAGAAUCAAACUAGACAGUGUCAUAAAAGAGCUAAGUGUACUUAAAAAAAUAAAUCAGGAUUUAGUAAGUGAGAAGGAAAACUUAGAAAAUGGAACUGCUUGGAAAAUGGAAUGCUGUUGCUCAGAAAUAUCCUGUAUUAAAAAAGAACAAAGCCUGUUAAUGUUUCUGGAACCAGAACCUCCAAAAGACCUAACCAAAAUCAUCACAAUUCCUGGGGCAGAAGACACAAAGAAGGAUGUAAACAAAGGCCAAAGCAAUGACAAUAAAAAAAUCACCACAAAGCCUCCCAAUUUCUUCCCCAAUGGACUUCCCAGCAUCUAUUUGGAGGACCCUAAAAUAAGUUUGGGCACUACAGCUAAGAAAACAGAGAAUGAUUUAAUACAUGUAUCAGUCUUAAAUUUGCACUUGGCUGAGAUGAGGAAAAUCUUACAGAAGGAAAGAGAAAUGAAUGUAUUUCUGGAGAAAGAAAUGGAAAAGAUGGAAAACGAAUUAUUUCUUUGGAAAUGGAAAUAUGAAGAACUGAGACAAACCAAGCUGGAAAGCCUGAAACAGAUGGAAAGAAUGUGGUGUGAGAAUGCCUCUGAAUGGGGAAAGAGAGAGCGACUAGACGCAGAAAAACAAAGUUUGGAAGAAGAGACCAGAAAACUCAAAAUGCAGAGUAAAGAGGCGGAAGGAAGUGAACACAGGAUUUGGAACCAGACAAAGUUCCUUGUCUGUUGUUGGAGAUUCUACCAUGACAGUUAAGCCUCAGUCCCUCACUCCUGACUUCUGUACCUCUUUCCCUCAAGUGGCACAGUGAGAUGGAGAAUGGGGUGUGUAUCAGCCCAUAACAGCUCCUCCCUGCCACUCAUUCCUUCUCACACUGUUACCCUGCUGCAACACGCAGUCUCUUUCACAGGAUACAGUCCUUUAUGAACUGUUCCAAUGAGGCUCCUUUCCAUGGAGCGCAGUCCUUCAACAGCAGACUGUUCCAACAUGAAUUCUGAGCUGCAGCUCCUGCUAGAAAAUCUGCUCCUGGAUGGCUCCUCCACAUGCUGCACCUUCCUCUUGACAUGUCCAGCAUGGGGUCCUCCAUGGAUCUGUGCUCUACCACAGACCUCCAUGGGCUGCAAGAGGGCAGCCUGCCACACCACACUGCUCUCCAAGGGGCUGCAAGAGAACUUCUGUUCUAGAGCCUGGAGCACCUUCUCACUUCCUUCUUCUGUGACACUGAUGUCUCCAGAGCUGUUGGUUUCACUUCUCAUUCUUCUUUUCCACAGCUGCUGAGAAGCAUUUUUACCUAUUCUUAAAUAUGAUACCAGAGAUGAGCUACCAGCUGGGCACAAUUUCAGCCAAUGGCAAGAUCUCUUAGGAGUUGUCUGUAACUGGCUUUGUCUGAUAUGGGGUCACCGUCCGUUGUCUUCUCACAGAUGCCACCUCUAUACCCACCUCCCUGUUACCAAAACCUUGCCACAAAGCCCCAGUAUAAUGGUUUUUAUUCUAAUUGUAAAACACUCCCUUCUGGAGUAAUGUUAACAGUGGAAGAGGAUAACUUAGAGUAAAUUUACACCAUUGUCUUAUUUAAACAGAUUUAAUCAACCAUUAUUCUGUUGUUAUGAUCUCCUAUAAACCAGUGUACCAGAACUGCAUGAACUAUUCAAUACAAUUGUGGCUAUGCAACAGUAUAGCGACCUGUUCCAGAGAGGUCAAAUUUUAUAUUCUUCUCCAUGCUUAUGAGCUGUUUCCAAUACUGCCAUUCAUUACACUAAUUAAUGAAAAAGAAAGACCACAAGAAUGACACAAUUUCACUAAAAACCACACAAAAUUUAACCUAGUUUAUUGUUAGCAAAGUAAAAUUGUUUCCAAAAAACCAUCCCAUGCAUUUCUGUUCUGUUAUUAAAAGGCCAGCCACUUAUAAGAGUUCAUAGAAUCAUAGACCAGUUUGGGUUGGAAGGCACCUUAAAAAUCACCUGCUUCCAACCCCCCCUGACAUUGCCUGCCAUGCCCUACACUAGUCCAGGGUGCUCAGAGCCCCAUCCAAACCGGCCUUGAGCACUUCCAGAGAUGGAGCAUCCAAAAUGUCUCUGGACAAUCUGUUCCAGUGCCUUGCCAACCUCACAGCAAGGAACUUUUUUUUAAUCCCCAAUCUAAGUCUAAUCUCUUUCAAUUUUAAGCCAAUUUCCCCUGGUCUAUUACUACACACCUUUUCAAUCCUCUUCAGAUUUUGUCUAGGCUCCCCUCAUGUCUUGAAAGGCCACAAUAAGGUCACACCAGAGCCUCCUCUUCUCCAGGCCAUAGAAUCUCUAAAUCUAGUCAUCUUUGCAAGUCGCAAGUUCCCAUGUACAGAAUGAUGGACAAAGGAAGAGCACCACAAGUUAUGGGACUGAUGGCAUCUGUGGCCACCGAUGGCAUCUGUGGCCACCAAUGACAACUGAAUGUCCCACAAAUAUUCCUCUGUGCAUACCUGGAAUAUGCAGAUAUGGUAGAGGGGUGCUAUUGUCCAGAUGUUACCUGAGACCAGGGGGAGGUUAACAUAGCUGGGAGAGAUUGUAUGACUGAAAAUAAACACAAAGAAUGAGGAAUUUAUGAGCCACGAGGGAAGCCAGCUCAUCAACUGUGCUGAAGUCAGCUACGACUGGCCAAAAUGUAAUUCUGGCAAGGGCAGAUUGCAAUCACCAUCUCCCAGCCCAAUGACCCAAGAAACCACUGACUCAAAAGAAGAGAAAGACUGAGCACGUGCUCUAAUUAGCAUUUCAGAACAGUGUAACCAUUGAACAUUAAUUUCUUCAUUUGCUAAAAUGUGUAAUACUUGAAAAGUUUUGAAUGACAUCAGGACCAGCACCACCAAGAAGCCCAGGGUGAAGAAGGACCAACAGGAUGUCACUGAAUCUGUGGGUGGUGACUGUCUUCUGCUUGAUUUCUGUCUUCACUUUCUUUUCUAUAUCUUUCUACAUCACAUUUAAUAUUAAAUAAAAUCCACAUUAUUGACUUUGGCAUAUGGUCUCCUUUGCACCUUAAUUCAGACAGAGGCAUCUCAGUAGUCAGAUCUUAGCUAUGUUUUUAACAGACAUGCUUUUUCUGGGUUAAAUUUAAAAAAAGUGUCCAAACAUAUGAGAAAAUGAAGGAGUGUUUUUGGAAUAGAACCAGCACUUCAAUGAAAUGAGGACUAGACACAUAACUUGGCAGAUUCAAGAGAGCUCAGAGCUAAAAAUCACCAUAAUCUUCAAUGACAAUGGAGUAAACAUUCCAUUUCUAUUAGUUCAACUCAUUUAAGUUCUCACAGUUUGCAUCAAUCUGCAUUCCAGCCAAUG